CUGCGCGUUUCUUCUCUUCAAUGGAGUGAAGGCUACUAAGUGGUUUGCAAAAAAUAAACUAAAAUAUCGAAUUUGUGAAUUACCGCAAACUAAAUAGUGAAUGUGCAAACUACAAAAGUAGGAAUUCGUACCAUAUAAUACAGAAUGGGUGUUCCGGCAUUCUUUCGUUGGCUUAGUAGGAAAUACACUUCUGUAAUUGUGCCAUGUAUUGAAGAAAAGCCAAGGGAGGUAAAUGGUGUGAAAACUCCUGUGGAUGCAUGUAAGCCAAAUCCAAAUGGAGUGGAGUUUGAUAACCUGUACCUGGAUAUGAAUGGCAUCAUUCACCCUUGUACUCAUCCAGAAGACAAACCUGCACCCAAGAAUGAAGAUGAGAUGAUGAUAGCUAUCUUUGAAUGUAUUGAUCGACUUUUCGCAAUUGUGAGACCCCGCAAAUUGCUGUACAUGGCUAUUGAUGGUGUUGCUCCUCGAGCGAAGAUGAAUCAGCAGCGUUCCCGCCGAUUUCGAGCAUCAAAGGAAACUGUAGAAAAAAUUCAGGAGGUCACACGGAUCCGUUCUGAUUUGGCAACAAAGGGAUGCCAUCUUCCACCGGAGAAACCAAAAGGAAGCCAUUUUGACAGUAACUGCAUCACUCCUGGAACGCCGUUCAUGGCUCGGUUAUCAUCUUGCUUGCACUAUUAUGUUCAUGAUCGAAUGAACAAUGACCCAGCAUGGAGAGGAAUCAAAGUGAUCCUUUCAGAUGCAAAUGUGCCAGGAGAAGGAGAGCAUAAGAUCAUGGAUUACAUUCGGAAGCAGAGAUCACAACCGGAUCAUGAUCCGAAUACCCAGCACUGCCUGUGUGGUGCCGAUGCCGACUUGAUAAUGUUGGGACUAGCGACGCAUGAACCGAAUUUCACCAUUAUUCGGGAGGAAUUCAAACCGAACAAACCAAAACCCUGUGACAUCUGUGGACAAAUGGGACAUGAAAUGAAGGACUGCAUUGGAGUUGCUAAAGAAUUGUGUGGUGCAAAUGAUGAAGUGGCGCCAGCUUUUUCUGCCGAAGUGGAGUUCAUAUUUGUCCGUCUCAACAUUCUUCGGGAAUACUUGGAGAGGGAACUGGAAAUGCCCAAUCUUCCGUUCAAAUAUGAUUUCGAAAGAGCGAUAGAUGACUGGGUUUUCAUGUGUUUCUUUGUGGGGAAUGAUUUUCUACCUCAUUUGCCAUCAUUAGAAAUUAGAGAAGGAGCCAUUGAUAGACUUGUAAAUUUAUACAAGAGAACUGUUUACAAGACUGGGGGGUUUUUGACUGACAGUGGCAAUGUUAACCUAGAACGUGUUCAACUUAUCAUGUCUGACUUGGGUGACGUAGAAGAUGAAAUUUUCAAGAAACGACAGCAAAAUGAAGUUGCUUUCAAGGAAAGGGAGAAGGCCAAGAAGAGACGUACGAAAAUGUUAUGUCAGUGGCAACCUGCUUGGGUUCCAAAAGGACAGUUUGCUCCUCAGCCUUUGGGCAGGGAUGUAAAGCCGGUGCAUAAUCCACGGCAGGAGGCGUACCACAUGCGAAAAGAAAGCAUGCAUUACAGCAGUCGUGUGGAGCAACAGCUGAGUGGGGCGAGUUCUUCACAAGCUUUGAACUCCAUGUUGAGGCCAGAGGGUGGCAGAGGUCAGAAGAGAAAAUCUGAUCAGAUGGAUAAAGAAUCUGAUGAAGAAGAAGAAGAAACCCAUGAUGAAGUUCGAUUAUGGGAAGAUGGCUUCAAGGAGAGAUACUACGAGUCCAAAUUUGAUGUGGCCUUGGACAACAUUGAAUUCAGGCACAAAGUUGCUUUCCAGUACGUUCAUGGUCUAUGUUGGGUACUGAAAUAUUACUAUCAGGGCUGUGCAUCGUGGAAAUGGUACUUUCCGUACCAUUAUGCUCCAUUUGCUUCAGAUUUCGUUAAUAUUGCGGAGUUAUCAACAGAGUUUGAGAAGGGAACUAAACCGUUCCGUCCACUAGAGCAGCUGAUGGGCGUGUUCCCGGCAGCCAGCAGUUCACACGUUCCAGCUCCGUGGGCCACUCUCAUGAGUGAUCCAGAUUCCCCCAUCAUUGAUUUUUACCCAGAAGAUUUUAAAAUUGACUUAAAUGGAAAAAAAUUUGCAUGGCAGGGUGUUGCUUUAUUGCCAUUUGUCGAAGAAAGGAGAUUAUUCAAGGCAUUAAAGCCGUACUAUGAAGUCUUGACCUCUGCAGAAAAAAGACGCAACCUACGGGGAGAUGACAGAUUGUACGUGACAUUGAAGAAUUCUGGCUACGACUUCAUCAAGGGCUUGUAUGAGAAUAAAAUCGACUUCAAUGAUGAAGUUAAUGUUAGCAUUGACGGAAUGCAAGGUACCGUUCUUCUCGCAGAAGACUGUGUGACUCAAGGAGGAUCUCUGCAUUCGCCAGUUUUGGGGCUCUCGGUCCUAACCAGAAAUAGCGUAUACUGUGUCAGAUUCCGGGAUCCUAAGUAUGAAGAUUCAUUUGUCUUUCCUGCACGUCGUCUGAAAGGAGCGAGAGAUCCACCUAGAGUGCUGAAGCCGCAAGAUUUAAGUCCGUCUCAGAACAGGGGAUGGAAACCCCAAAUUGGAAUGGCACCAGCAACGCAGAGGGCCUCGCUGGGUGAAGCAGGACACAGGAUGCUUGGACAUACGAAUGUGAGAGCCGGAUUAGGCAUAUACAGCGCCGUUCCUCCUACAAUCAGCCAAGGACUGCAGGCGUUGACGCAACUCGCUGGUUUGCAGCCGCAGAAUCAGUAUAGCCGGCAGAUGCAGGUGCUGCCGCAGUCGGGCUGGGGAAGCAGUGAGUAUUAUAGGGGCAACACCGGAAGCAGACAACAGCAGAGGCCCAACACUUGGCAGGAUUCCGGUUACUCUUAUAACUCCGGUUACAACUCCGGUCGGCCCGGAUUCGUGCAGGGGCGAUCACACAACUAUGGGGCAUUCCCUGAUGACCACCAGAACAGACGCGGUGGCUACCAUGGUAGGGGCGGAAGGAGCGGCGGAGGUGGCGGUCGCUAUAACGCCCGUCGCUAAGGACGGACGGACAGACGUUUUAGCUGCGCAAGACUUUUGCUUUCGUAUCUUUGUUACAGCGUAAACUGUAGUGUAUUUGUACUGUCUACACAGAAGAUCGAUGCAGAAGAAAUUGUGUAUAUUCUACAAUUGAUGUGCCCUCUUACGGCUUGUUGACAGAUUUUUCAAAGCCUGUCUUUAUUUCUUGUACAAAAAUAAAAAUGUUUUUGUAUUAUUUUA